AAUGAAUAUACCUAGCUAUCACUACCUAUGUAAAAGGCUCUUCGAAGAAUUUCUAUUUUAUUAUAGGUUAGAUAAAUGCAUUCAACAUAUGUAUUUCUUUACUGUUUGUUUAUUUCAAUUGAAGAAGUAGAAAUAUUAUUAUUUUAUUAAUAUUAAGUUAUUGUACUUAGCUAAUGUUUAUCGAAGCCUUUUUAGCUGGUAUAUGGGCAUCAGUAGGAAGCUCUUUGGGAAAAUUAUCGGGAUCUCAUUAUGUAGUAGGUGAGAGUUACGUCAUAUGGGCCGGGUUGCUUGUUGCUAUGGUGUUGGCUAAUACAUGGGGUUGCCGCCACUAUCUCCGGUCACUCGACGCGGCCACAAACUCCGUCGCACCUACAGUCAUAUCCGCUGUUUCCAGUUACGUUCUUUCUGGCGUGAUUGGCAUAGCUUUGUUCGAGGAAGGUGCGUCAGUACGGUGGUGGGCUGGCGCAGUACUCAUUAUUAUGGGCCUGGCGUUAGUGGCGCGACCACAGAACAAGCAUAAACCUGCAUAGCUUUCGUGUUACAACAUAUUUUUUACAAAUGAAGGUCAUUUAAACUUAGAAACUUAAUGUACCGCAUUCCAGCAAUGAAGUAUUAUUUUUAUAUAGUAACUAUGUACAUUUAAUAAAAGUAAUCAUGUUAGGUGUUAUUUAUAGAAAAUGACUUGUUUUUAACUCCUAGGAGGAAUAAAAAAGUUACUUUACUUGAAUCAUACAAUAAUUUAUUUUGAAUACCUACCCACCCAAAUUUAAUAGGCAAGUCGUUCUAAAGCAGGAAUAUUAAUGGACUUGUGUAUUCUACGGCAAUUUAUGCGUAUUGUAAUUUGAAUCGUAUUGUAAUUUGUGUAAAGUGAUUAUUUUAUCUCCUUGAAUAACUUUGUGAUAUACUUAUUUAGGGUAUUUUUAGUGGAUGAUAAUGUAAUAGUAACCCCGCCUGCACUAACGGUAUAAUAACGGUGAGGAUAAAAGCAGAUCAGUUAGCCUAUCAUGAUAAAUUCACCUGAAAUUAAACAUUAUAGCAGGGUAUAUUGCUAGCAAAGGGGGCUGUUAGUUCCCAUUACUAACAAUCCCUUUCCUACCACUUAUUUAGGCACCAAACAAACUAAUGUAACCAGUAAACAUUUUAUUUGAUAUAAAUUAAUUUAAAAUUGUAUACCAUUAAAAAUUUUCAAAUUUUUUUAUUAUAUAUUAAAAAUAAUGUUUAUCUAAUUUAAAUACUAUAAAACCGAAGAAGUAAAUUUCUAAGGUACAAUUCAGUUUAUAUAUUAAUAGGUAUAUUUAAUUCUUUUUUUGUUUAAUGCUUUUAAUUAUAUAAAUCAAUGAGUAUAAUUAAUAUGGUUCUAUCUAAUGUAAUGCAUUUUAUAAGGCUGUUAACUUUACCUUAAGUAAUAAUUAAGGAUUGUUAUUGAUGACGAGUCACUCCGAAGAUUGUUGAGGAUUAUCUACACGUGACACUGUUAUUAAUUGUCCUAUUAAUAAAAUCAUAUUUUAGAUAAAUGUUUUUUAUUUA